CGACUGCAUUGUCCGUCGCGGCAUGCGUCCAGCCGCAACAACAAUCAUCCAAGCAUCAGUAGCAGCAGCGGUAGCGGCGGCAGCGGCCUGACGCAUCAUCACGACCGCCGUCAUAACUGUUCGAGAUGCGAUAAAAACUGAUGAAUAACAAAGAAGAAACUUCAUUUAGAAAUUUCGAAUUGAUUGAACUUAAACUGGUUCAAAUUGGCACCAUCCAUGUCGACAACAUAUCCAAAUUUUUCAUUUCAUCUCUUGCGAUCAAUAAAACGAUUGUGGAAAAUACACAAUAUUGCUGCCAACAUUACCAUCACCAUUAUCAAGACAACGACAAACCCUUCGUUUGCGAUCGCUGCGGCAGAAAAUACAAAUGGAAGGCGUCUCUAUAUUGCCAUCAAAGAGACGAAUGUGGCAAGGAGCCGCAAUACAAGUGCUACUAUUGCGAUUACAGGACGAAGAUACGAUCGAAUUGGAUUCGCCAUGAGAAAACACAUACAAAUCCACGCGGACGCAAACAAGCGCCUGGAGCCUUAGUAACAUUUUAAAAAUCGAUAAAUUUUUGAAAAAUGAGUCUAAUUUUAUUUAAAAAAUGCAUAAACAUAUUUUUUCCUCCAAUGCAGUUGAUUUCACGAAAUUUACAAAUAAUUGAUUAAUUCCCAAUUGACAUAUAGUGCAUUAUAAAUAAUUAAACACGAGGCUUUAAAUGUUUCAAAUCUAGACAAUUUCAGAAAAUUAUAAAAGUUUAAAAUUUCGGUAAUAAUUGAUAUUUUCUUUAUAUUUCAAAUACAAACUUUAUAGAGCUUUUUACACUUUUCUAAGACGAACGGGUAUUUUUCAAAGUUCUUUUUUUCGUUGUUACAUCAGAAUUUUUACACUUUUUUUAUUUUUACACAGAAUAUACAUCUUGAAAGUAAUCAAUAUAUACAAAUAAACGACAAAUGUUUUCAUCGAAGACGUUGAUGAGAAUAAUUACGAAAGAUUUUAAUUACUAUCUUUAAAUUUAUAUGGAUAUUAUUUUAUAAUUAAAAACACAUACACAUUCCACGAAAUACGUGAAUCUAAAAAUUUAUUGAAACGUUGCCAAAGAUUUAAGUAAUUUCUUGCAACAGAUAUAUGUAUAUUAUAUUCCACAAUUCUUUAGUGCCAUAUAUGUAUGUAUGCAUGUGCGUAUACAUGUGAGUGUGCGUGUGCGUGUGCGUUGGUGUGUGCGUGUAUGCGUGCGUUUUAUAAUAAGUUACAAAACAUGUUCAUUUUCUUUAAUGUAUGAAAGUAACAAAAAAUUUUAUACACUUUCUCAAAAAUAUCCAAUGUUAUACUCCUGAAAGCUUCACUCUCAUUAUCUACAAAAUUAGUAACCAGAUAUUUUAAUUAAAAUAUGAUCUCAAUUACUAUUCUUUUCUCGCUACCAGAAUGCAAUAAAUUAAAAAUUUAAAUCGUACCAUAUUGUUUUCCAUAAAAUAAAUAACUAGACUAAUAAUGCUUACAUAUUAGUAUAAUAGUACAUAGUAAUAUUAUACUCCGCAAUAAAAGGAUUACCGCCAUCUGCAAUAUUUUUAAUUCAUGUAAAUAAAAACAAUAUUCAUAGCAUAUGUGAUAUAGGACAUAACACUUUCAUUAUUGAUAAAGUUAGUUUUAUUGGAAUAAUUGCAGUUGCAUGUACGAAUGUGGCGCAAACGUUUGUUUGAAUACGGAUAUUAAAAAAAACAAUUAUCAAAAAUAAGUUAGAAAAUAUUCGUAAAUGUAUUUUAAUUAAAAUUGGAAGCGAAGUAGGAUUUUCUUCGCAAUAAUUUCUGUAUAUAUGGAAUUACUUUAUUUAAUGUGUAUAUGAGGUACUACAUGCAUAACAAUUUAUAUUAGAUUAGAUAUUAAAUUAAAGUCCAUUUCUUGAAAACCAAAGCCUAUAUCUAAUGUAAGAAGAUAUAGAAAUAGUUUAAUAAAAUGCAAUAAUAUGAAAACAAAUUUAAUGGAAUAUUUGUAUCAAAUAAGAGAUGUUAAUAUUUUGUUUCAUAUCUUUCUAAUCUAUUACGAUUUAAAUUAAUAAUUAUAAUAUAUUUUUUAUUCCAGAUUGUGUGUGUGACCAAAACUCAUAUGGAAGAUUUUACAAAACAAAAGCCUUAUAACAAUUAUACAAUUCAUAAAACGGUUGCAUAAUAUGCAAAACAAUUAUUAUAAUAAUAUAAAUUUUUAUUAUUAUUAUUGUAUAAAUUUGUCAAAAAUAUAGCAAUAUUUAAACGGAUUUAUAAUACGAAUUAGUUGCGAUUUGCACUUAUAUAUGUUUUACUUUUCUAUUAUUAUAAUUAAUAUCCUUUCCUUUUACAAUUUUGCUGUAAACUCAAACAAAAAAA